UUUUCCGUUUUAUCAGUCAGAGUGAAAUUCGACACACCGCAAUCAGACACACCGGCGCAUACGCUCAUUUGUUCGACAUUGAUGUGAUUAACGUGAUUUUUGAGGAAGCAUUAUGUGCUUUGCACACAUCGUAUUAUCAGAAUUACGAUUGGAAAGAUGCGAUAUAUACCGUCCCGCACGUAGCAAUGUGGUUACGUUACUCUUCUGAAAAAUAAAAUAUGCAAAACGCAGUAGAAUUUAUAACGUUAGAAUUAAGACCGCGAUUACGAUCGUGCAAUGUGUUCAUCGCUAUGCGGGAUGACGUUUGUUCGAAAAACGUUCGAAUUAAAAUCUUGGAAAGUAACAUAGUACUGACACUCAAAGACCAUAGUGUAAGUUUCUCAUUGCCAUCCGUUAAAGUCAUACCUACCUCGCUGUCCGUGUUGAGCGUGAUGAGCAAUUGGAUUUGCUUCCGAUUGCAAACCGCACCGUUAGAUACCGUAUUCGGAUCUUUUAAUACGGAAGUUGUGACCGACUCCGAGAUUCGGUCCGAGGUCAGAUCCAACGUUGUGUGUUCACCGCCGGUUUUAGAAGAUCUCAAGUUGUUGUGCAAAACAUCCGAAUGCGUCAUGUUGUGCGCUUGUUGUAAGAAUGUUAUUUCAAAGUCGAUUAGUUUUAAGAGAUUCCUACCGGUACCUGACACGGAUUACGAUCCGAACGAGUGGUUUUGUUGCAAUCACAAUUCGAACAUCACCGCGACCGACCUGCAGCCACGAGAUUCCGAUUAUUUAUACACUUCCUGCUUCUCGUUAAUGCAUAAAAGUAUUUUCAAAAGCACCGCGUAUCUGGACAAUGGAACAUUGACUUGUGGCAAAUGCUUGUUGCACAUAGGCACACUUUACAAGAACGGUUUGUACAAAAUCUGGAACUGUUGCGUGGAUCACGAAGCGCAAAGCGAUACCUCCUCCCCGAGCACUGUAAACGCCACCGAUCCGCUCAAUGACUUUUUGCUGCUCGUAAGAGAUUCGUUGAGCGAAAUACUGGGAGAGGAAAUUGUUCUACAGACAUGUGUCGGUAGACAAUCUCAUUGUCUUUUAAUAAAGCCGAUGGAUCACAAAUUGAACCUAAUCACAGAGCCCAGUCGGAAGAUUCCCGGUGAUACCGAUACUAUUCUCUUGCAACAGAAAUGCGUUACCAAAGUUUUGUAUAAAUAUGAGACGAGUAGAGUCAGCGCUGCCGUUACUGUUAAUUACUCAACUACUAAAUAUUACGAAGUCGGCUUGCCAAUAAUAGAGGCUGGAUUGAAAUAUUUGUUGUUGUCGACAAAACGAUUGCCCCAUGUCUACAGGACGGUCGUUACGGACUACUUCCUCGGUUAUAUUGUUUCACAAGAAGUCAACUGAACGGUAUAAUUUAUUGUCAAAAUAAUUAUUUUUAUAUGUACAUAUUUUUUUACACACGUAUUUUUUGUACUUAUAUUUUCGUAUAUAAUAUAAACAAUAAUUGAAUAUUUCGCCGUGUACAUACGUAACUUGAAAAAGACCAAGCUUAACAUACAGAACAAUCCAUUAGACGGCGAAGUGUUCGAACACAACAAAAAACGUUGGAGGAGAUGUCUAUUGUUUUUGUUUUUUUUUUUUUUUUUUUUCGAUAUAGGUGUAAUAGGAAUGUUAUUUAAUUCAACGAAUGAAAACAUGUUUUAUUCAAUCAAGCGUUUCCAAUCUUACGAAUAUAAAUUGCAGUGUAAUAAUAAUUUUAAACGGAAAUACUGUGUAAUUAAAAUUAGACAAUAUCAUUAUUCUAAUACUAUAUAAUAUACGUUAGACUGUACUUAAUUUUAUCUGCAUGAAGAUAUACAUUGAGGCUUUAAAAAGAAAAAAUCAUUUGUAAAGUUUUAUUGGUGUAUAUGGAAAAAGUUAAAGAGAAAGAGAAAUACGCGAAUUAUAAGAGUUAAAAUAAAGUACUAAGCAAUUAUAUUAUUAUUCAUCGACGUAUUAUUUUGUGCAUAAAAAAGACAAGUUUAUUUUCAGAAACCUAUUGUGGAAUGCUGACCUUUCGUGUUUCUGUUAUCUAUCGUGAAACAGAUCUUUAAUGUGGCAUGCAAUUUAUACGACGCAUAUUGCAUUCAAACUUGCACAUAAGACGCGUACCUCUAAUUUUUUUUCUUAUUAUAAAACAAUCGCAGUGUCAGUGUUUACAAACAUAAAAAAAAAAAAAAAAA